AUGCAAAAUUUUGUUACCGAAAUUUUUUCGGACUCGUCUUUGACAGGCUGGGGCUCCUACUGUAAUGGCUUAAAGACCUUUGGGUUUUGGAACAAGCAAGAAAAGAAAUAUCAUAUUAAUUAUCUUGAGCUACUGGCUGCCUUUUUUGCGGUGAAAUGCUUUGCAUCAGAAUUAUCGCAAUGCGAAGUAUUACUUAGAAUAGACAAUACUACGGCUAUCUCUUAUAUUAAUAGAGCGGGAGGUGUGCAAUUUCCACAUCUUAGUGAACUUUUAAAAAAGAUUUGGGCUUGGUGCGAGGAGAGGGAGAUAUGGUUAAAGGCAUCGUAUAUUCCUUCGAGUAAAAAUAUAGAAGCUGACAAAGCAUCACGUAAUGUCAAUGUAGAUUCGGAAUGGGAAAUUUCUCAAGAAGCUUUUACACAAAUAGAGGAACAGUUUGGUUUCUUUACAGUAGACUUAUUUGCAACUAGACUGAAUAAGAAAUGUAAAAGAUUUUACUCUAGAUUCCCAGAUCCGGAGGCAGAAGCUGUGGAUGCUUUUACUAUAUCAUGGAAAAACGAACAUUUUUAUACCUUCCCUCCCUUCGCACUUAUUCUACGAACUUUAAAGAAAAUAAUUAACGAUAAAGCAAUUGGUACGGUCAUAGUGCCCUUAUGGCCUACACAACCGUGGUAUCCUCUUUUUACAGCACUCCUCAUAGAACCCGCCAUUAUAUUUAAACCUAAUUCCACGUUAUUAACAUCUCCUUACAGAGACGAGAGUCAUCCGUUAGCAUCCCACCUUUCGUUGGUGGCAGGCAGGUUAUCCGGGUAUGAUAUUAAUAAAGAUGGCUUGAUCCACCGGUUUUUAAAAGGAGCAUUUAAACGGAGGCCAACCAAACCAAAAUAUUCUACAACAUGGGAUAUUACCCCGGUGCUGAAUUACAUGAAAAAGCUACAUCCACUUAAACAACUGAAAUUAAAGGACGCUGUGGAAAAAGUGGCAACUUUAUUAGCUUUGACAACAGCUCAAAGACUUCAAACCCUAGCGUUAAUAAAUAUUGAUAACAUAGAAAUAAAUAGUACUGGAAUAAGCAUUAGGAUUACAGAACAGAUAAAAACAUCAAAGCCCGGAGCUUUUCAACCCGAUUUAAUAUUACCAUUCUUUAAAGAAAAACCGGAACUAUGUAUAGUAUCUGCAGUCUUAGACUAUAUAGAUUAUACCAAGGUAAAGCUGGUAUUGAUACCAACCAGUUCACGGCAUAUAGCACGCGACACGCAGCAGUAUCUGCGGCCUUUAAAAGAAGAGUAG